AUGCCGUCGCUUUCCGGAGAACUCGUCUGCGUCACCGGCGCCGGAGGUUUCCUCGCCUCGUGGCUCGUCAAACUUCUCCUCGAGAGGGGCUUCAGGGUCAUAGGCACUGUCAGAAAUCCAGCCAUCGACGGUUGCAAUGGCGUUUUCCACACUGCCUCUCCAGUUACUGAUGAUCCGGAGCAAAUGGUGGAGCCAGCGGUGAUCGGGACCAAGUAUGUGAUCCGUGCGGCUGCAGAAGCCAAAGUCCACCGUGUGGUGUUCACCUCGUCGAUUGGUGCGGUUUAUAUGGAUCCAAACAGAGACCCUGAGAAAGUCGUGGACGAGACUUGCUGGAGUGACCUUGAAUUUUGCAAAAACACCAAGAAUUGGUACUGCUAUGGCAAAGCAGUGGCAGAGCAAGCAGCAUGGGACACUGCCAAGGAGCUUGGGGUCGACCUGGUUGUAAUCAACCCAGUCCUCACACUUGGUCCCAUGCUUCAACAGACCGUGAAUGCCAGUGUCCUUCACAUACUCAAGUACCUAACAGGGUCCGCAAAAACCUACGCUAACUCCAUCCAGGCCUACGUGCACGUCAAGGAUGUGGCCUUAGCCCACCUACUCUUGUUCCAGACACCAGAGGCUUCCGGAAGGUACUUAUGUGCCGAGAGUGUGCUCCACCGUGGUGACGUGGUGGAGAUUCUCGCCAACUUAUUCCCAGACUAUCCUAUCCCUACCAACCUGUCGCGCCUAUCACCUCGGUUCGGCAACCUGCAGACGCCGUACGACCGCCGUGAGGGAUCCAGUGAGCAGCGACGUUUUCAGCGCAAACGAGGAAAUUUAGGCGACCUUCAGGCGGCUCGACCCGUCCCCUCAUCUUCCUCCGUCGGCGACCGCGGGGAGCAUCGGAACGCUGCCGCUUCCAUGUACUGUCUCUGCCGGUUCGCCUCUACGCCGCUGCGCCUCCUCCACUCGCUCUCCGCGUGUCGAUCUUUGUUCUCAGAUCCGGAUUUCUCGUCCCAAGUCUCGUCCCUCAUUUCCACACAAAAAUGGUCACAGCUCAAACCCUUAGUAGAAUCAUCCAGCCCAACCGAUUUCCUCCAUCAGCUCCUCAAUCUCGAGAGCUUCAGCUCGGACAAUGCACUAUCCUUCUUCAAAUGGUCCCAGCAAGCUUUCGGCCUAACCCACUCUAUCGAACACCACUCCAAGCUCUUUAUUCUGCUCGCCAAUGACAAAAAGUACCCCAAAAUCAGAUCAUUCCUGCAUUCGCUUUUGAAGCAGAGGAAGGAUAUAUCUGUUUCCGCUUUCUGCCACGCGCUCUCCACUGUCAGCGACAAUUCAUGUGCUAACAACAUCGUUCUAGACAUGUUCGUGAAUUCCUGCUUGAAAAACGGGAAGCUUGAGCUGGCGCUCGAGUUUUUCAGGCGGGCUGGGGAAUAUGGGUUCAAGCUGUCUGUGCUUUCGUGUAAUCAGAUGUUGGCUGCAUUUGUGAAGGAUGGCAAAGCAGGGAUUGUGGAUUUCAUAUACAAAGAGGUGGUUAGGAGGAGGAUCCGUCCAAAUCUGGUCACUUUCAAUACCGUGGUCAACGGGUUCUGCAAGGCAGGGAAGCUUAACCGGGCGGGUGAUAUAUUGGAGGACAUCAAGAUAAAUGGGCGGGUGCCGAAUGUGGUCACCUAUAAUGUGUUGAUCGAUGGGCACUGCAAGAGGGGUGGGCCUGGGAGAAUGCACAAAGCUAAUGCAUUGUUUAAAGAAAUGGUGACGAAAGGUGUGUCCCCAGAUGCUAUCACGUAUAACACUCUCAUUCAUGGGUUUUGCAUGGACGAUAAUGUGGUUGCAGGUGUUAGAUUGCUUCAAGAGAUGAAAGACCAGGGCUUGAGGCCUAAUUUGGUCACUUAUAAUUCGUUGAUCCACGGAUACUGUAGGGAUGCAAAAUUUGACGAGGCCUUGGCUCUGAGAGGUGAAAUGUUGGAAUCAGGCUUGGAACCGAAUAUUGUCACUUAUAAUGAGUUCAUCCAUGGGUACACAAAGAAAGGAAUGCUGAGGGAGGCCAGGGAGUUGUUUGAUGAUACCGUGAGUGGAGGGGCUGUUUCUGCUAAUAUUUUGACGUAUAAUACCAUGAUACAUGGGUACUGCACAGCGGGCCAAAUGGAGCAAGCUGUGGCUCUAUUUGGUUCAAUGCUGGAUAAAAAGGUCUCUCCCAAUGUCUCGACCUACAAUGGCUUGAUCGGUGGGUAUUAUAAGUCUGGGAACCCGGACGAAGCCCUGAAGCUUGUGGCGGAGAUGGAGGAGAAGGGCUUGAAAGCCGAUGUCAUGACCUACACAAUAAGGAUAAGCGCUGUAUGCCAGAGGCUCGAGAUGAGAAAGGCAGUUAGGUUGCUUGAUGAGAUGUGGAGAAGAGGAGUGAACCCAAGUCACGUGACGUACAAUGCCAUUAUAGCUGGUUAUAUGAAGCAGGGGCAGAGCAUGGGAGCUUUGGCUGUGAAGAGAAGGAUGGAGAAAGAGGGCAAGCGGCCGAAUGUGGUGACAUAUAAUGUAUUGAUCAGGGGAUUUUGUGAGGGUGACAAAAUGGAAGAGGCGAAUAGGUUCCUGAACGAGAUGUUGGAGAAAGGUUUAGUGCCUAAUAAGAUCACUUAUGAGAUAAUUAAGGCGGGAAUGGUGGAGAAGGGAUUCAUGCCAGACAUAGAUGGGCAUCUUCAUAAUCAUUCAGCUAAAUCUUAG